AACAGUCUCAUUACUUAUUGAUCAGACCUCGUAACCGGGAAUUCGAAUAAACCGAAUGGAGUAGUUACGGCGGUCUUUGGUAGGUCGAAUUGGGCAAUGGGUACCUGAUGGUAUGCUUUCACUAGGUCCAGCUUGGAAAAGAGCGUUCGUCCGGCCAAGUGUGCGGUGAAAUCGUGCAAAUAUGGCAACGAUCGGCACGAAUAACGCCAUUCAGUCGACGGUAAUCACCACACGGACGGUAUGAGCCGUCUUUCUUGGAUACGAGCAAUAAUCGGCUGGCCCAUGCGCUUGAAGAUGGACGACAAAUUCCUUUGGCCAACAAAUAGUUGAAUUCCCGACGAGCGGCCUGGUGCCGUUCCGGCAGCAGACGUCGAGGGCGUGCGAAUAACGGCAGACCGAUGAUAUGCAACUCAUGGACGACAUUGUGGCAACAAUUACAAUCAUCUUCCUAUGGAGAAUAUAUUCAUUGAUAGAAAAUAUUUUAUCAUUUAUACUCGAAAAACCCGCAAAAUAUAAACUGAAUAUAUUUUUGGAAACCGAUUGUACACGAGUCUCCAGUAUUGUAUAUAGAGGUGAGAACAUGUUAGUGAUAGAAGAAACAAACCAAGACGGUUGUCGUGCAUUGCUUAACUGUGCAAAUAUAAUUACUUUACAAUACUUGAAAUGGGCUAUAUUUGAGCUAAUGGUACGCAAAUCAUCGUUCGUACGACCUACGGUAAUGCAGCAGUUCGAUAAGAUGUAUGAUUAUUUCAAAAACAAUUUCGAAAAAGUUGAAAACGUUGAAUAAAUGGCGAUAACAAUCAAAAACCUACAUGACGAUUUGAUUUCCUUUCAUAUCUCGAAAAGUUGGAAUUUUGUAAGCCAACUAAAACUCUUCGCCACUACUCAGCUAACUGAACAAUGUAUUAUGAAAAUUGAACCUGAGGCAUACAGUGGAGAUCUUACAAUCAUAAGCCGGUUUCCACUUUUAAUAACGAUAGCGAUAGACGGCAGAUCCGUCGAUCAAAACGAUGGACCCUCAUAUUUCGAUCAACAAUCACAUCUCUUCCAUAUCUCUCCCAAGAUAUUCACCGAUGUCUUCACCGAGCUACUCGCUAAUAUCACCACCGAUAUCUCCACAUCCCUCACGUAAAAGGGAUAGAUGACAUCAUCGAAGUAAUAUUUUAUUAAUUAUUUAAAACGUAGACUAUUUGUAAAUUCUAGACAUUCACACAAUUCUCUAAAUCUUUAUAAUUAGUUAUUGGAAUGUAAAAUAAAAACAAAUAAUAUGAAAAAAUAAGAGGUUUUAUUUAUUGAAAAAAUACAUUUUAAAAAUAUAAUACAUGUUAUUUACAUAAAAAAUUAUAGUUUUCGAAUUUCUCCACUGAACGGAUUAUAAGUUAUAACUUGGUCGUGUAAAAUUAGACAAUAAACUCCAGUCUUGGUCGGUACUUUUAUGGUGGUCUAUUACUGCUAUUGAUAUAAAAUUCAAAAAUAAUGUUCGAUAAUAGACUUGAUAGGGUUUCUUUCUCGUAGUACAAUUUUUGGAAAUCGGUAAACGCUUUGUAUAAUAAAGACACGGAUUUCGUAGUAAAGUCUGCACGGAAAUCUUCAUACGGAUACACAUCGGAGUUUAGAUAAACUUUGAUAUUUUUCAGGUUACAGUGUUCGAACAACACCGAGGGAUUAUUUAAGUUAUUUUUUCGUUCUGUUUGAAAAGCUAUUAUAGCGAAUCGAGGUUUUUCGAGUAAAUUUUACUGGAUUUAACCGUCCACGAGUGUAAUGUAUUUUGAGGUAAUACAGGAUAUUCGCAUAAAUCCCAAGUUCUCAACGCCGGGAAUUAGACUAACUUGAAUGUGUGGCUCUAAGAGGAACCUCCUAGAGGGGAUUCAGGGUUGCCAACAGCCCUAAUUUAAAAGUAUCAAGAAACGAUAUUCAUUUGUAAACUAUUAAAACCCAUUGAAACCCAGUAAAACCCAAUCGAGUUAGGUUAGGUUUGUUUAAAAAAAACGUGGGUUUUUUAACAUUUUCUGGUAGGUCCUUCCAAAUUUGGCUAUUAAACUAAAAUUUUGUACACCUGUUAUAAUAUAUGUUAUUUAUCAUAACAAUUCAAAUGUACUUUCCCGCAAUCAGAUGAAAUAAAAAAAAAACUAACGAUAGGUACACAUACUAUACUAUACACAUAUCCGAUUAUGUCAUUGAUACCAUUAAAAUUGAGGAUGAUCUUGACAAACUAACAGACACCGAGCUUGAAGAUAAGAUUGUUCAGAAAACUAUAGAUACGAACAUUCAGUCUCUUCUAAUCAAUCCAAACAUCGAACUUGGCAAACUAACAGUCAUCAGACUUAUAAAAGAAUAUAAGAAUAUAAGAUUGUCCAGGAAGUUACAGUCAAUCCAAAAAUACGUAAGAUGAGAAAAGUGGCUCGUGCAAAUUUGGAGACACAAGCAUCUCGCAUAGUGAUUCGAUCGGACAGUUCCGACAGUCGAUGUUGGUGCUAACGUUGUAAUUUGUAUUCCAGAUGUUAACAAAAGCAAAACAUAAUAUCUUCUUAACCCAUUAACGCCGUGCGUUGCCAUAUGGCAACAUAGGUAGACCUAUUUUUAGAAGCUAAUUUCUCAUUGAGAAUUUGACAAAUUGCUGUGGAAAUAACAUUAAGUAAUAGGUUAUUAUUUCAAGAUAAGAUAGGGACAAAAUCGAUUCCGUUUAUUAUUAUAAUUUUGGUUAUAUCGUUGUUUGAAUUUGUGCAUUGACGUCGUUCUACGAAAAAUGGAUCUUUCUUUCGAAAACGGGUUUUCGCUCUCUGAAGCCUUAGAUAUUCUUUUAAAUGAAGAUAUAGAGGGAGAUAUUUUUAUUGAACCUCCAAAUCCUCAUGUUGAUACGGAUGUAGAUUCUGCAGAUGAAGAUGGGAGUGGUUUGGUUGACAAUCUCAGUUCUCGGCAAUUAUUAGCAAAUGCUGAAAUACGGUUUCAAAAUAAUGAACGUUUAGGCGUUAAUUAUGAAGAUUUAGACACUCAACAUAACAAUUCUCAAGUUCAUACUCCUGGCUAUAAUGAUUUGCCAUCUAAACUUCAUUAUUGGGAUAAUGGUGAUGACAUGAAAAAUAUUGCUGUAUCCCAAUCAAUGCGUAGGGACAGGUUUUUGCAAAUUUGUCGUUUCUUUCAUUGUACUAAUAAUACAGAAAUUGACCAGAAUGACAAGGGAUGGAAAAUUCGUCCUUUUAUAGAAAUUAUGAAAAAACGAUGUAUUAAAAAUUUUGUACCAGAAGAGCACUUGGCAUACGAUGAAAGUAUGGUGAAAUAUUUUGGACGGCAUAGCUGCAAAAAUCUCAAAUCGAAUUCUGAUUAUGAAAAAUUAUUUGGAAAGGCUGCUAGUCCACUCUUG